AUGAUUCAUUCUUUAUUCAUUUUCCGCAGAUUCCUUCGUGAUGACGUCCCAACAGUCAACUUUGAUGCUGAAACUUCAACUAUGACCAUUUCUGGCGCAGGAACUCUAACACAAGAAUUAAUUCUUUCUAAAGACCCAAACAACGCUACAAAGACACUUACCAUCGAAGGUGGAUUAACUAUUUCUAGUAACUGCUUUUCUUCACAUCCAAAUUUGCAAAAAUUAACAAUAAAUUCAAAUAAUAUGAAUAUUCAAUCUUUGGCUUUUGAAGGAUGCCCACAACUCUCAACGUUAGAAUUGUCUGGCAUAUUUGGUGAUCUUGGUGACCAUAUCUUCGCUCAUUGCCAAAGUUUGACUCAAAUCACUCUUCCUGAAACUUUAACUGUAAUCCCGGACUCAAUGUUUUCGAACUGCCAUAAUAUCACGAAAGCUACCAUUUCUUCCCAGACAACAACAAUUUCUCACGGUGCUUUCGCAGAUAACGAAAAAUUAGCCGAGAUUAACUUCCCAGACACACUUACAGUUAUCGGUGAAGAAGCCUUCAAAGAUACAGGAUUAACCUCUGUUACACUUAACAAGGUAAACCUUAGUGCACGUUCAUUUGCCGAAUGCGAUGCAUUAACAACAGUUACCAUCGCAGAAAUCGCUGAAAUACCAUCCAACUGCUUCUUCAAGUGCAUAUCCCUUACUACAGUUACAAUUACUUCAGGACUUACAAAAGUAAAUUCUCAAUCUUUCUUGGAUUGCAAGAAUUUAACAACAUUCACAUAUCCUGAUACACUUGCAACACUUGGCGAUGCCUCAUUCCAAGGCUGCCAAUCUCUUAAUAUCGAAAUUCCAAAGAUAUUAACAGUAAUUCCAGAUUCUUGCUUCGAAACAGUUCCAUUUGUCAAUCUCACUAUUCCAGAUACAGUCCAGACCAUUUCUGGCCUUGCAUUUUCACACAACGAUCAACUUCGUGUAGUUAUAUUACCAAAGUCACUUAAAUCCAUUGAUUCCAGUGCCUUUUCAUACUGCAACAAUGUUGAUUCCUAUACCAUCGCUGAGAAUGCCAAUUUCUUUGUUACAGACGGAAUUUUAUUCCAAAAAUCCGAAUUUGGAAACACAUUAGUCCUCUAUCCACCAACCAAUGAGCAGGAUGUUCUGAUGCUCGACCCGUACAACGUAGCAAAUAUCGCUGACUGCGCAUUUCUCGGUGCAAAAGUCAAAUCUCUUGUUGCAACUUCCCUUGAUUCCAUCGGAAAAUUCUCCUUCUUCUCAUCCCAGAUCAAGACCUUCAACGUAAGAGAAGGUUUGAAGGAGUAUCCGGAAUAUGCUUUCGCACAAACACCGAUAGAGAGCUUUUCUGUGCCUAGCGGUGUCACAAAAAUAGGUAGAUACUGCUUUAACGACUGCAGGAACCUUUCCGAUAUCACUUUCCCAGAUACAUUAUCCGAAAUCGGAGAUUAUUCCUUCCAAGGAACAAAUGUUCAGGCCAUCGUUGCUCCCAUGGUGAAGGUCAUCGGAAACUACGCCUUCGCAAACUCUUAUAUCCUUGGAAUAGAUUUAACCGAAAAUCUUACUUACAUCGGAAACAACGCAUUCGAAGGCGCCUUCCGCUUGACCCACAUCACAUUGUCUUCCAGCAUCAAGGAGAUCCUUCCUUGCACAUUCAGAAGCUGCCGUUCCCUUAAAGAAGUCGUCUGUGGAGAUAUCAUCUCAAUUGGCGACCAAGCGUUCGAGUACUGCCACGCUCUCGUAAACGUGACAUUCAAGGAUUCAUUACAAAGAAUUGAUUUCAACGCUUUCCACGAAUGUUACAAAUUACAGAUUUCGGAGUUCCCAGCUGCCAUGAACCAUAUCGGAUUCUUCGGAUUUAGCACAUGCUAUUCACUUACAAAUCUUACCUUCUACGGCGAUGUUUAUAUUAAUCAUGACGCAUUUUACAACUGCAUCAACCUCCAAACAGUUACAUUCGCUGUCAAAGCACGUCUUCUUGGCAGUAUGUGCUUCUCGUCAUGCAUUAAACUCACAACUCUCAACUUUUUGUCGUCAAUUAUCGAAUUCCAGAAAACACCAUUCUACAACACUACAGUUGCCGAAGUUGUCUACUGUGUUGACAGACCAGUUGAAGGACCGAUGUUCCCGAAUACUCCUACCAUCAAAGUCUCAAAUUAUUAUCCAAAGGACAAGUUUGCCGAUAUAACUCCACAAGUUUCCGAACUCCCACAAUGCCCACCAUUACAAACUCCAUUGCCAACUCCAGAAAGUUCUGAAUCAUCAUCCGAAAUCUACACUCCAACACCAAUUCCAUCCUACACACCAGAGCCACCAACAUCCUCUUCAUCGGAGUCUUCUUCAACCGAAACCGAAACACCAAAACCAACCCAUAUCCCAACUUCGAAGCCAACAGAAACGCCAUCACCAGAUCCAACAGAAACACCAUCACCAGAUCCAACAGAAACACCAUCACCAGAUCCAACAGAAACACCAUCACCAGAUCCAACACAAACACCAACUCCCGAGCCAGAUACUCCAUCUCCAUCUAGAUCUCCAACAAAGGAACCAAACACGCCAAAACCAACACAGUCUUCUUCUUCAACAGCUCCUGGACCAUCCAGUUCGCCAACUCCAGACCCAGCAGCUCAGAAAAGAAAGAGAACAAUUAUUUACGCAACAACUGGUUCCAUCUUAGCUAUCAUCAUAAUUGUUGUUGUCGUCAUACUCGUAGUAACAGCAUUAUCACGCAGGAAGAGAGCACAAUCCGAAAUACUUACGGAUUCAAUUCUCACUCAGAUUCUAUAA